CCUCCUCCCCCUAAUCUCCCGGCGCUCCUCCCCCCUCUCCCGGCUCAGUUUCCCCAUUCCCUCGACCCUCAGCGGCAGCCUACAGCUUCCCAGACAUUGACACAGAACCCAAGCCUCGCCGGCUAACCCAUGACCCCGAUGGCGCCGAGGAAACGCGCGAGAUACUGCUGCGGCCUCUGCGGCCUCCCAAAGAAGGGCCAUGUCUGCCGCUUCGCCGGCGGACCGUCUUCGGCGCGGCAGGUGCAGGGCCGAGAAGAAGCGGCGCCGCCCAUGGACCCUCCUUCUGCUGGCGCCAAGAAGGAGGAGGUCACCAUCAUCACCGCCCUCCCCAACGACGUCCUGGGCACCAUCAUCUCCGCGCUCCCCAUCGAUGAGGGCGCCCGCACACACGCCAUCUCCAAAGGCUGGAAACACCUCUGGCGCGACUACACUCCGCUCAACCUCGACGACCGUGACCUCCACAAAAUGGCCUGGACCGGAGACAACCUAGUCGACCUUAUCUCAGACAUCCUCGAGGCUCCACGUGAGGUACGCGCCCGUCGUGUUUCUAUCAGCACACUAUGCCGUCACUCCGGCGACCGAGACCGCUACCCCAUCUUCGACCGAUGGUUCCGAUCCAAGGUUCUGGAUCGCCUCGAGGAUUUUCAUUUCAGCUACCAGCGGGUGAACAACACCGAACCACUUCAGGCUGGCGAGACGAUGCCGCCGCUGCCGCCAUCCGCGCUGAGCUUUUCCUCCCUCCGGGUCGCCAGCUUUGGGUGCUGCCAUUUCCCUGAGAAUAUCUUAGCCUCGGGCGGCAUCACUUUCCCACAUCUCGUCGAGCUCACUCUCUCCCGGAUCACAAACUCCGAGAACACACUGCACGCCAUGAUCGCCGCAUCUCCUAUUCUUGUCAACUUGUACCUUCACAGAAACUAUCACUUCCGCCGCGUCCACAUCAGCUCGCAAACUAUUGUAAGGUUCCGCAUGUUCGUUGACCCAGAUGGUGAUGUGAUGGAAGAACUCCUCAUUGUCAACACUCCAAGCCUAGAGGAAGUGAUGCUCUGGGACCAAGGUUAUUGUGGUCCACGAAUUAUACGUGUCCUGGUUGCCCCAAAACUUCACAUCUUGGGUUGUCUGCACAGCGACAUGAUGUCCACCGUACAGCAUGGGAAGACAAUACUCCAGGCAAUGGUUGACAGCAGUCUAGUGUCAUCACUGCAUAAUGUAAAGAUCUUGAAGCUCGUUGUCCAUGGUCUUAGGUUAAAUCAUGUCAUUGACGUGCUCCGAUGCUUUCCCUGCUUACAACAGCUUCACAUAAACACACUGACAAGCUAUGUUCCAAACAAGCAGAACGACAAUCCAGCUGCUACUACUGUUGAGUGUGUUGAUAGACAUUUAAAGCAAGUAAUAGUGAGAAAUUAUUCAGGCAAGAAACCCGAUUAUAAGUUCGCCAAGUUUUUCGUUUUGAAUGCAAGAGCACUAGAGUCAAUGAAGCUCCAUGUCCCUUUUAGCUGGAACAACGAAUGGCGCUCUAGACAACGUAUCAAGAUGGAUUUUAAGAACAGAGCUUCUCCAAAUGCUUUGAUUUGUUUUGAGGGCACCGAGUGAGCACAUGAUCAACCGCACAAACGAGGUGUCAAAUUGUGUACCCCUUUGGCACUUAAGUUGUGGUUUUUUUUCCGCAAUUAACUGUUGCCGGUCAA